AUGCCCAGAAAGAAAACUUCCACAACAAGCGAUUCUUCCACGAGAAUGGAUCUUGCAGAUGAUGAGAACUCCAUGGCUCCAUCAUCGGAUUUUUAUCCAACACCUCCCUUGUAUAAGAAUAAUUCGGAGCCAUCAUCACGGAAAUCCACUCAUUCCGAUGCUUCUACUAUGAUGGUGUUUCCAUUGAAACAAUCUGAUUUUGAUAAUUUUGAAAGAGAAUUACGAUGUGCGAUAUGUUUGGAAGUUUGGAAAGAACCAACAGCUACUCAUUGCAGCCACUUGUUUUGUUAUGACUGCAUUGAACAAGGAAUGAAAAUUAAGAAAGAAUGUCCUCUUUGUAAAACGCCCAUUCUCACCAAGAGACAUCUCAUGCCCAUGCAAUCAUUGGCCAAUCUGGUGGAAGAAUUUCACAAAUUCAAACGAAAAUUCGAUCAAUCGAUGGAACAAUUUGGAUCUAAUACCAAUACAAAGCACCCGUCAACUUGUACAUUUGAAACUACUACUCCCUCCUCUAUGGGAAAUACCUAUGAAGAGUUGUGUUCCAUGUAUCCCGAUCCGACCAAGGCAGUGUCAUCAUCCUCUACAACUACCAACAAAACUCCAGCAAAUACUGGAAGAAAAUCAACAGCCAACAACAUUUACGGUUCUGGAACAACAGCAGCAACGACAAGUUCCAACACUGUCACAACUGGUAAAAAACGAAGAUUUCACAGAAAAGGAUCAUCCAACAUUUCACAACCACAAGAUGGAAAUGUCUCCGACUCCUCAACCGCUUCUAUUGAAGCCAUUAUUAUUCCUUCGGACGAUUUCAUGGAGGAUGACUCCGUACAUGACCAAAUACAACGUAUCGAUGAACAAUUGACUGCUAAAAGAAUGAAACUUUCUCAACUAGAGGAACUCUUAUCUGACCUCAAUGAGACCUAUGGAGUUUUUGGAUUUUCACAUGAAAGAUAUCCUUUUCUUUCGAGUUUUGUACAAAAUGAUAUCAUACCUGUAACAUCAACAAUAUCGGCAAGUGUCAGCACUGCGGCUGGAAUUUUGCAACACUUACAACAUGUAAAUAUGCAAACAACAGCUACACAAUCUCAACACUCUCAGGCCACUCUGGGAUCUCAAUCUUCAAAGAGAACAUCCCAUAGAAAUUCAAAGGCGAAACGACUGUGUCUCUGCGGAACUAAUUUAACAACGGAUGCAAAAGAAAAAUUAGAAAAGGCAGCAAAAUAUUUGGGCGGUGAAGUGAGGAACGAAUUUACGGAUGAAGUCACCCAUUUGGUUUCACUCCUAGAUGAGAACAGACUUGCUCGAAGAACGAUCAAAUAUUGUGUUGCUGUUGUUUCUGGUGUGUGGAUUGUUGGAACGGAAUGGCUGGAUGCAGUGCUUAAGGCCAAAUGCCAUGUGAAUGAGGAAGAUUUUUGCGCGUUGGGUGAUGUGACCAUCAAGUACAACUCACCAGCCGAAGCAAGAAAAAGCAUAGCCAAUGGAAAUAAUCGAUUAUUCUUCAACUAUCGCGUGCAUUUUCAUGGUACCUUUAGUGCCAAGUCCAAGAAUCCCUCUAAAAAAGAACUCACUGAUUUGGUCACGUUUGGAGGUGGCACCAUUCAUGGUACCAUGUUCAAGAGAGUUAAAAAAUCCAAAUAUGAAAAUGUCAUUAUUGCAGACAAUGAUGUGACACGAGAGGAGGCUGACAAGAUUGAACAAGAAACUGGACACAGGCCGGUUACUUGCAAGUGGCUUCUAGACAGUGUGAGUUAUUUGAAAAUCAUGGAUCAACAAAGUUAUGCUGUGUAG